CGAGAAUAAGCCUUAUCUAUAUCCAAGGACAAUGUUUUAUUUGAUAAAUCAUUACUAAUUGACAACACAUGCCAUGAUAAGACGUACAAGAUGAAUAAAUAUCCCUGUGUGGUCUGAAGCAAAUCACAUUCAUCAACACAACACAAAGAGCCGCUCCUCGUCUUCUUCUGGAUUUAUUCUGCAAGUCAAGAACGAUGAAACAGACGUCAGUUCUGUGUCUGCUGCUCCUUCUGGGAACAAGCUCAGCUAACAACUAUCAGAAUGUGGCUUUACGUGGAAGAGCGAGCAUGUCAGAGCGUAUUGCCGACUUGUAUGGAUUUGCCUCCAAUGCUAUUGAUGGAAACCAUGAAUCUAACUACUCUGCUGGAUCAUGCACUUCCACUGCUGAGAUGGCCAACCCAUGGUGGAGAGUGGACCUGCUGGAGUCCUACAUCAUCACCUCCAUCAUCAUCAUCAACAGAGGAGACUGCUGUGCAGGAAAGCUCAACAUGGCAAGGGUUCACAUCGGCAACUCUUUAGAAAACAACGGCGCUUCAAACCCAGUGGCCGGUAUAAUUUAUCACAUCCCUUCAGGCAUGUCUUUAAAAAUGACUUUUACCGAACAUGUGGAGGGACGUUAUGUGACCGUGGUUCUACGUGGUUUAAAGAAAACCCUAACACUCUGCGAGGUGGAAGUCUACGGUUACCGUGUUCCAACAGGAGAGAACCUGGCACUCCAAGGAAAAGCCUCACAGUCAUCACUGCAUUCAACGGGCAUUGCUUAUAAUGCCAUUGAUGGAAAUCGUGCCAGCGACUGGGCAAAGGGUUCUUGUACACACACAGCACACGAUUUGAACCCAUGGUGGCGACUGGACCUGGGCAAAACCCACAACAUAUUUUCUGUUAAGAUAACCAACUACAAAAAUUGGCCUUUGCAUAUUAAUGGAGCAGAGAUAAAAAUUGGAGAUUCUCUUGAUAACGAUGGCAACAAUAAUCCGAGGUGUGCUGUGAUCUCAAGCAUCCCUGGAGGUUUCACGGAAACCUUCCAGUGUAACGGGAUGGACGGUCGCUACGUCACCAUCGUCAUUCCUGGAAGAAGCGAGUACCUGACACUCUGUGAGGUGGAGGUGUACGGCUCCAGGCUGGAUUAGGUCUGAAUAGGUUCAAAACGUGUAUCAAUGACCUUUGAUACAGCUGAUGCUCUUGUACAGACUUGUGUUGCAAUGAUAGCUUAAGCUUCACUUGCUAGCUGCAGAUGGAUGGGAGUUCGAGCUUUGUAUACCUGAGCCACUCCAACACAGAAAGGAAUGUGACCUGCCAAUCAACAUGAACUAUAACAGGAUCAUGUUUUAACCAUUAUGCUUUUUUAUCGUGCAUUUCAACUGUCUCAUUCAUCAAUCAAGCAAUCAAGUCAGACCCUGGACAUUCAACACAAUCAUGUAACAAUUCAUUGAGAUCAUUCAGUUUCCCUGAGUCAUGUCAGUAAUCAGUGUGGACAAUCAACAACGUUUUUAAUGCUUUUAUAUUUUUAUUGUAUGUUUGUAUAAUAUGUAUCUUGCCAAAUAUUAGGAACAAUAAAGGGUUAAUGUUU